CUUUAUGCAGUGGACGGUGAACGGAAUGAGAUCUGGAUGACAAAUCUGAAUUCUACUGAUGCUCGCUUGUUACUGGACGGUGGUGCUUCCAAGAUUUCAUCCAUUGCUGUAGAUCCGGUGACUGGUUAG